AAUAACCUGUGCAGGUCGUUUUUUUAACCUUGCUGAAUGUGGCUUUUGGAACCACCGUUUCGAACACCACUGAAAAAGUUAAAAAUUAAAUACUGACUUCAGCUAAAGUGUAGUUCCGCUAAACCGUUACCAAAUGUGUAUUUCUGUGACCUAAGUUGAGUCCACAUCACCUUCAAUGAUGUUUGGACAAACAUUGGUUUUUACGCAAAUUUUUUUACGUGAAAUAAGUAACAACUAACGCUACGCAGUCCGGAAGUUUCUAAGAAACCAAAACCUUUAUUUUGACACAUUUCUAGCUUGUUUCCAAGCAGGGUAUAAAACUUGGGUUGUUCCCAAGUCCAACUCAACAGACAUCAUGAAGACCUUCAAGAGUUUGUUGGCAAUUGUGGCAUUCUCAGCGGUCUCCGUAGUUCUUCCAGUGCAAGGUGCCAACCACUGGACGCCAGCCCUGAAGAAGUCCCUGUCCGAGGCCCAGGAACAAUGUGCGACAUAUCUACGCCUGGAUUCGGCCACGGUGGCGCGCUACAUCCGAGAGGGAUAUCCGUGUGAGGACCAGGUCCGGAAGCUCGUUCGCUGCACCCUGCUGAACCUGAACGUGUGGGACGACGAAAUCGGCGUGAAAACACACGCAAUCGUCAACUUCUUCACGCCGAUCCAGUCGGACACCUGCUACCAAAGCCGAACCGACAACUGUCUUCGCGAAAACGUAGAUCCGCUGCCGAUAGUUCAGGUUGAGCAACGCGCCUAUCAGGCGUUCCAGUGCUACUAUCGAUACUACGGCAAUGUGGUAGAGGAGCCUCAGUACAUCCCAAACAGUCUCGAAACUCGACGUGAAUUCUUCCGGGACGCCGUCACGAUCGCGAAUAUCCCCAGACCGAUCGUGGAGCAGUUCAGCACCGGAAAGCUGAUCGACGAGGAGCACUUUAGGGACGUAUUGUACGUGCACUGUAUCCGGGCCGGAUACUACGAUCCCAAGUACGGAUUCAACCUGAAGCACGUUGCGACCGAGUUUAACGUCACCGACAUUCUGAGCGAAAAGGUGGAACAGUGCCAGCGGCAGGUUCGGGAGCAGUGCUACGAGGAACCCCAGCGGAUGUGGCAGACGUUCAAGCAGUGCCACGAUCAUCAGGAGGCUGGCUACCAAAUUGCACAACUUGCUGCCAAGGAAUAUCUGGAGGAUACUAAACCACUUAUUGGGGAAGCUCGUGGAACGGGUUUUGUAGCGGGGUUUAAAAGUUCGCCAUUCCCGAAACUGAACUUCUGCUACAAUGGACAGUGCUGA